AUGAUUGUUGUUUGUAUUGAGGCACAUCCUGAGAAAAGGUCCAAAAGAAGACUAUGUGGAGGGUUGACACGAAUCAGCUCUAAACUUCCUCGUAUCCCACUAAGACGGCAGAAGCUACCCAAAGUUGUUGUGUCCCACCAUGAUCCUGAGAAUACUUUCAACUGUAGUUUCAUUGAGCCCCCCUCUGCAGUGGAGCAACCCACCGCCUCCGGGUCAUCCAGAGCGUCCUUCUCUUCCGUAGAGACCACAGAGGAUGGACAUGUCUAUGCUGUGCCUGACGAGAACAAAAAGAAAGGGGACAGAAUCAACACAACGGAGACUACAGUACUAGCUGAUGAUGUCUCUGAGGUAGACACAUUGCCGGAGGACAGGUAUAUGACUGAGCAGGCUUCAGUUAACACCAGUGACCUGCCACUCCAGAAGUCAGAGAGUGAGGGCUCCUGCAGUGGCACAGAGUCAGCCACCAGCACCCUCUGCCUCAGGGCCUCUUUCCCUCAGCCACCACAGCAGUCCAGCAAGGAGCCAGAGAACAAUGGCAAGUCAAACAAUGUCAAAUAUAAUGGAAAGCCUAUAGCUGCUGAGAGGAUUAAACCACAGCCACCAGACCCCUCCACCAAGCCCAAGCUCUCCUGGAUCCAUGCAUCUCCUGGGCCAAAUCAGAAUCAGAUAAGUCAGGAAGAGACUGUGGCUGAGGAUAACAUUUGUUCCAGAAAGAAAGCCAGCAAGCAGCGAGCUCCCAACGCCCCAGAGUCUGCAGGUACAGAUGGGGCCAGCUCCCUAGGUGAGAAGAAGCCUAAUAAAAGCAGACCAGGUCUGUUGCAGAUAGAGCACAUCAAUGGGGCAGUGCAGAGUGUCCUGAGGAAAAUGGGCAAUUUCCGUGUUGACCGGAAAGCUGCAAUCCCCAAAGAGUCCCCAGAGAAGAGGCCCAGCUUAUCCCUAAACAGGGAGGUUAACCAACCGAACAUACACCCUGAGGUAGCCUCCCUCUUAACUGCUCAGCUGAAGGAGAAGACUAAGAGCCUGAACAGGAGCGAGGCCGGCAGCUGUGAGGAGAGCCUGUCUCACCUCCAGGCCCAGAGAAAGAAGCCAACCCCGCCCCAAAAGACCUCGGGCACCCAGCCUGGAGCUGGAAAGGAUUUGCUUCCCAUAUCCGACAGCUCACAGAAGCCUCUGCCAGAUACUCCAUCUAAAGAAGCCAAAUACCAAGAGAAACAAGACUCUAACAACUCUGAAAGCAGCUCAGAUAAGGGAGAGACCAAAAAUAAGACCCCAAUGAAAAAGCCUCCUCGGAAAAAGAGCAAGGAAGGUAAUGUAGACUCAAAAAUACAGACUACUGCUCCAAAGGUUGCAGUGAUGCCACCAAAGGCUGCAAAUUAGCACAGCCAGUCUGGAUGUUUCUCAAUCCUGGAAAAACAAUGACGCACAUGUUGUGAUGCUUGAAAGAAUUUAUUGGACACAUGUUUCAUUGUUUUUAGCACCAAAUCGAAUAACGAUGGAAUCUUUUCCCUUGGGUGGAUGUUUUUGAUCUUGAGAAAUGUUAUGAUACAAUGCAGUAUUCUUUAUAUGUUAACUUUUUAUAUUCCUUCACUUUAGUUAUUGUAAAAUCAAUAUAUUAGUAAAAGUGCUAAGACAUCAGAAUAAUUAUUUACCUUUGUUAUUUUAUUCAUUUUCUAAUUUGUUCAUAUCGAAUAGACCAAACACCCCAAAAUCUGGAUUUUGCAUCUCCCAUAUCUAAUCAAUGUUUUAAGUUGGAAAGUCGAUCCCACUGCCCAGAACUUUGGAGCCACGACAGGACCUCAGACAAACAAGAGGUGUGGUGUAUUGAUGGUGGAACAGUCUGGGGUCUGUGUAGAGGGCCCUGUGGCUGUCUGACACAUGUGCUACAGUUGUGUGUGUGCAGUUUGUUGGGGGGGAAUGAUAGACUUUGAGGCAGCUGUAAAGACUACAGAAGAUCAUAUGGUGUUUAAUUGAAUCCAGACUGUUGGCACCGGUCGUCCUGAAUCCAUGAUGUGACCUGCUUAGACAGGAACAUCUCUCCCUUUGCUAUCAGGAGGCACAGACAAAGCAAAGACACAUUUAGGAGCAGCAAGGUCCUGAAAAUAAGUUAUUAAACGUAAAUAAGUAACAUUGUAAGUAAGUAACAUAGUAUGAUUGGCAGAUCACUUGAAAUAAUACAGGAACAUGUCCUCACAGACCAGCUGCCUUGUUGUGAACGUUAGAUCAUAAUGAACGCAUUUAUAGAGGCUCCAAUGGUUUAGUGAAGAAACAUGCUUUCAAGGCAUGACUGUGUGCAUUGCUGCAUGC